GUCACUGCUUCCCCCUUCGUCUCUUUCUCUCAACUGCCUCAGCAUGGACCCUCUUUCCAACUUUAUUUCGAUGUUUUAGCGUUGGUGCGGGGUUGUCUUGGGAUUAACGGCCUUGGUCGGUGCUCGGUGACUCACCUAGACACGAUGUUUACCACCACCGGUUCUCGGGGCCUCUACAAGGCUCCUCUGUGUAAAAGCCUCCUGCUGGUUCUCAAUGGGCUGACUGUGAUGCUCACCCUGCUGCCUCAGUACCAGGAGCUGUUCGUAUACAACCUGCGGGAUGUCACACAACAGCACCAGUUGUGGAGGUUGUUGUGUGGCAGGCUGGUCUGUCUAGACGUGAAGGACUCCUUCUGUAGCAGCCUGCUCAUUUACAACUUUCGAAUCUUCGAGAGGAGGUUCGGCACCAGGAAGUUUGCUUCCUUCCUGCUGGGCACUUGGUGUCUCUCUGCCCUGAUGGAUUUCCUGUUGGCCCAGGUUUUCCAGUAUUUAUUUGACUAUGAGGUGGAGGAACUUCCUGCAGGACUACUCGCUCCAGUCUUCUCUCUGUUUGUGCCUUUCUACCUGUCGAUACCGAAGAUGCCAGUCACUCAGGUACUGGGCCACAUCCACAUCACCAACAAGUCUCUGGUCUACAUAGUCGGCUUGCAGCUCUUGACUUCCAGUCCCUUCAUGUGGCUCCUGGCACUCAGUGGACUGAUCUCGGGCGGACUGUAUCACUCCAAUUUCCUCCGGUUACAGAAGAUCCUCUUUGUGCCCGUCUGGAUGUCUCGUAUUGGGCGAUACAUCCUGGAGCCGAUCUUCUCGAGCUCCCAACCGAGCAGAGAGACGCCUCUGGGGAUGGGGGCCACCCUGGACAUUCAGAGGCAGCAAAGGAUGGACAUGCUGGACCAGCAGCUGCUACUGGCCCAAUACAACGAGGCCCGGAGGAACGCCAGACCACAGCCGCAGGGUGGGUUGUUACAGUGGACCAGGCUGUUCCCCUCCCUGAGACAAAGAGGACAGAAUCGGCCCCCGGUGCAGCCCCGUCCUCCGGCUCAGACGCAACAGUCCACACAGGCGCCGCUGCUGGACAACUCUCCUGUCGCAGAGGAACAGGUUGCGCGAUUAGUAGAAAUGGGCUUUUCCAGGAUCGACGCCCUCGAGGCCCUCAGAGCUUCAAACAACGAUAUCAACAUGGCAACCAACUUCCUUUUGCAACACUGAGGGAAAAGGGCUCAGUGAGGAACAAACCGCGGUGAGAGGAGACAGAAGGAAUGGGUGGAAAAGAAGCAACCAAAGAAGAGGAAAGAGCAAGAAAAUGAUGCAGAGAAUCAAAAACACUGAAUGCCGGCGAGGAAGACAUUGGUGCCACUGCUCCCUGAAGCAGCGUCAGGCCGACUUGUCCCGACCUGAGCUCGAUAGCAGGCUGAUUAAUGAAGAAGUGUGAAGCACAAAGCGAAAGACAUUUGCGUCAUAGCUUUUCGACGGCCGUCGUGGUGUGAAGCAGGCGACGCGGCUCGAGGCAGACGAGUUAGACUUCCUACCUCCAAGGAGCGCCCUGUGAAAAAAAUCCAGAAAGCAGAUACUCACUACUCACUACUGCUGCUCGCUCCUGGAGGAAAUACAAAACGGUUAUUUAUUUGAAGCGGAACUGAUGUUGAAGAAUUCAAAUCCCACAGAACCUCACCAUAGCUAUGUGAAACACAGUCUUACGUAUCCCAGUGUCAUAUACUGCCACUUCUGAAAAGAACAUGCAAGGUUGUUGAAACAAUCGUUCAUCUCAUGUAGGAUACAUUACGAUCCUUUUCGUUCCAGAUGUUCAGGCCGUAUUCGUAGGUUGUAUUCGCCAUGAGGUUUCGCAAGAAGCCACACACACAUGCACUCUCUGUAUAUUCCCAGCUACUUCUUUAUAUUUGCUAGGUUUCAAGGAAGUAGCAGGACUUAACCCUUUUCCUGAUUGAGAUGUUUUAACAAAGCAGUUUGACUGGCAGCUGCUGAAGGAUUAAAACCGCUCUGGAGCAGAUUGUUCCAGCUCACUUUUACCUCCAUGUAUACGGCCGUUUGGCAGGUUAGAUGCGUUAUCUCAGGUUCUGUUAGGUGUCUUCUUCUUCUGUUGAUGACAUAAUCACACAUCUUAAUUUGAGAGUAGCCCGAAGGCGGAGGUCAUGUUUUACGCACGUCGCUCACACUCCGUAUUUAUUUCGUCUUAACAGAGUCUCUGCCAGCACAUCCGUCUAAACCCUAGCAAGUCUUAAAAAGGCCUGUCGAUAUUUAAUAUGCAAUAUUAUUACGAGAGAGGUUUAUGGAGACUAUGCGCUGCAUAGUAACUACGUCGUGUAUAUAAACACACAUGCGAGAGGAGUAAAAUUGCAGCCAGUGUGUAUUGAUGUCAAAGACAGAAGCUAGUUUUAUAUUUUGUGCAUAACAAUAUUGAUUCUAUAUGACCACUGGAGUGAGCCCGUCAUUUGUGUGUCUGUAUUUUCGAGAGUGACCUAACAGUAUAUGGGUGUGACGAGGAAGUUGUUGCAUGGAUGACUUCCCGGUGAACUGUAACGAAUCAUAUUUGAUCUGUGGAAUAAAUCGGCUUGAUUACUGA